GGAGAGCGUUAGGGUCCGUUUACUUUGGAGGUUUAAUGGCUAAUUGCCUCGCAUCCCAUCCGACAGCAUUGGAUUGUCGGUUUGAGGAACUCCGACGUGGGAAGGAGAAACUUCGGAAAGCUCUCAUAUAUAUAUUUAUCCAAGGUCAAGUCGUACAAGUACAAAACACAAAACCAUCCUUUUACAGACGAUAGAAUCAAGCAAGCAAGCAAACACCAUGAUGAUGGGUCUCUCUUCUCGCGUACUAGUAGUAGUCACUUCCCUUGUCGUGAUGAUGUCAGUAUUGAGCGACGCUGCUACAGUGCAGCUAGCGUCCUGCCCGUCGGAACCGGAAGUGGUGGGUGAAUACUACAACAAUGGCGAAUUGUGUGUCCGCGAACGCAUUGUGCUUCAACGCGAGAUUGAAACGGCGGAUUGUCCGGAAGAGUACAAGUAUUUGAAUGGCUGGUGCCGUCGUCGGUUCCACCGCAAGAUCAAACCGACUUGUUUUCAAAAGGGCGACGGGAAUUGGCAACUGUUCUUGGGCACCAAGGGCGAAUGUCAUUCCACAUGUCCCAAGAAUUACGCGUCGUCGUAUGGCCAGUGCGAAUUGCGACGCAUGACGUUGGCUCCCAAGUACAUGACAUGUCCGCCUACUGACAGAGAUGGCAAUCCACAACAUCGCUAUGGCGCGUAUUGCUGUUCUCACGAAUUGGGCAAUUGUCCCAAACCCGAAUGCAAAGUGGGCGAAGGCGUGCCGGGAAAAUUCUAUUACAAUGCCGACGAACAGACAUGCGAACGACAAGCCCAAGCCAUUGCACGAGUCACCAUGCCACGGAUUACAUCCCGGUUGGGAACCGAAGCCGCCGCACGCAAAAAGGGCAAGGGCGUAUGCCCAAAGGGCAAGAUUCCCGUCCGCAAUGCCUGUCAGGAUCCUUGUCCCGACAAAUUCAAGACACUCAAGGGCAAGUGCGAAUUGCGAUCUUGCAAAUUUGAUACACAAAAGGAUGUCAUUGUGCGAUGUCCGGAAGGAACCUACAAGUUGCCGCGUGCUGUCAUAUAAAAUACAAUCAAAAAGACAAUCAAUCAAUCUACAGACAGACAGAAGUUGGAGGAUUCAAUCGAGGGAAGCUUUAUUACGCAGCUACUCACUCACUACAUGCAUGGCAGCAAGCCACACUCAAAACUAAGAAUUAGGAUAUCAAAAAGACAAGAACAUCUUGCAGGAAUAGCCUGCCUAGCAACAGAACGAAACAGCAUCACCAAAAACUACUUGAUGCCCACAACUUGAGUCUCAGUCAGUCUCGAGUUGGGCGCCUACAGUACGAUAGCUUCCUAACCCGUAACCACAGCGGUCACUACGGCGUAGCUGUUGUUACCUUAGAAUUGAGCCGUUUGAUCAUUAGGGCUGAAUGAUUCAAUCACUAGCUAGCUACCGGAACUGUUGAGCAUUGGCUUGAACCAUUUCGAAACUCG